UCGAAGCCCCUAACGACAAGCGAGUGGGAUUGUACUAUUCGACGGCUUCUGCCCGUUGCUUAGCGCAGAGAGAUAUGGCUGAAUUUCAGUUUAAGCAGGACCAAUCCGCUGUCUUUAAACCACAGUGUAAGGAAGAUGGUUCCUUCAUGGAAGUUCAAUGUCAUCAAUUAUCUGGAUACUGUUGGUGUGUGGAUGACCACGGAAAGCCUCUUUCUGGGUCCUCUGUCAAAUAUGGACAUCCAAAGUGUAACAUUUCUGGCAGACGUACUAAUCGUCGUCGCUCAUUUCAAGAAAGACGCCACAGAAGAGUUUGCAGUAACAUAGACAGAACCACCUUCAACAACAACUUGGUUAAUAUUUUCAAAUCUGAGUACAAGCGGCUACCGAGCCCUCUCGACGGGGACUCUAAAGACAAACGGGUAAUUCAGUGGAAAUUUCGACAGCUAGAUACUAACGGAGAUAACAUUCUUAGACGAAAAGAAGUUCGUGAUCUACGGCGGAUGGCUAAAAAGAUCGUAGAACCUCGCCCUUGUAUUAAAACGUUUACGAGGCAUUGCGAUUUUGAUCAUGACAACACCAUUUCGCUGACCGAAUGGACUUCAUGCCUAAUGAUGGACAUCAGUCUUUCUUUUCAACUUUUUAUGUCAUUAAAUUCAGACGAGCAGGGUGAAGCCAGCACCGAAGAAAGGCAUAUCACUGUUCAAGAUAAUCGUGAUCAUCAACCAUGGAGAGAGUUACAGUUUCCUAAAAUUCGGAGUGAAAUUAAAGCUACAGAACCAAGUCCUAAAGAAGAAGUUGAAGAAUUCCAGGAUUGCCUCACUAUCCGGAAGAGAGCGCAGAAAAACCCAGAUAACAGUCUUUACAUUCCUCGUUGCAAGAAACGAAAUGGCCUGUAUAAAGAUAUUCAGUGUUUCAAGCCCAGGAACAAGCCGGCGACAUGUUGGUGUGUUAGACCUAAGAACGGCAAACCAAUUCCGAGGACUACAACUCACGGCAGCCGCCCACCCUGUAGAAAGAUGAGGAAAAUGUCCAAAAAAUUUAAAGGUUGUCGAAUUAGGAAAAAACAAAACUUCUUAUCAGAAUUUCUUGACUUCAUUACACAAGAAAUGUUGGAUUCUGCAAGAGACAUGUCACUAAGUACAACAGCUAAGCCGACCAAUGAACAGGCAACAAGAUGGAAGUUCAAUCAGUUGGAUGCAGACAACAAUCAGCUGAUAGACAGAGCAGGUCCAGAAGAAAAACAGUUUCAACAACAGUGGAGACCGUUCAGAGAACCCCAAAAAGGACGGAAAAGACUUAAGAAAUGCUGGCGAAAUUUCUUGAAGUUCUGUGACAAACUAGGAAACAACGACAAAACAAUCUCGAUAACCGAAUGGCUGGAAUGUACAGAAGUGAAAAAAGCAGAUGCACCUGCGAAUUCAAUAUCGAAACCAGAGGGACCUCAUCCGUUCAUAGACUUACUGAAAGCUCGUUAGCCUACCUAUCAAAACCUUCGUGUCAUUUAGCGGAAGAGAUGCGAAGUUUAGAACUUCUUCAUUGAAAAGAAAACACACAACUGAGAAAAAUACUUAUCGAUUUAAAUAAUUCUUAUUUAUGUACAAAAAAAGUCAAGAAUGAGGAAGUAGAGAUGAAAAAUCACUCGGGUUUAGUAGAUUGCUUACGAAAAAAAAAUUCACAAAAAAUCAGAGAGCUCUAUUUUUAUCACCUUAUGUUAGAGUUAAACAGCGAGUCCUACGUAUUUUUAAGUGCUUUAUCAUUGGAGUCCUUAUUUUCAUCUUAGACAAAUAUUUUUUAUAUUUGUUAUCUAUAGGUGCCAUAUUUAAAAGGGAUCCAAUACACAAGAAAAAAACAAAACAAACCCCAAUCAUUAUGUUCUGUGAUUUAGUAGUUAGGAACAAUUUUGAAGUCCAGUGCUAGUCUUUGGAAAAAUCUUGGUGUUCUGUUUAAUGUUUUUCAUAUAAUAACAUCUGUAUUAAUUUAAUUUGUUUUCUUCUUGAAGCGCAUUUGAUGAGAUUUAUUUUAAUUUUUUGAUGAAUUUUAACUUUGCAAAAAUAAUGGUUCUUAAACAUUUUAGUACAAAAUUGUAUUAUAUCUAUGCAUAUGAAGCAUUUUGUCAGAAUAGGAUUGUAACUUGAUAAAAUGAAGAAUAUUUUGCACAGAAGAUGAACAUUGAGAAAUCCCAAACGUCCAGCCUCACACCUGUGUCCUGUCCUCCAAUGACAACACAUUGAGCAAGAUCAUGGGAAGAGUCUCAUUUCCCUGUGUGGUCAGAUAUUUGGAACACCCUGUAGUUUCAGUGAUAUGUGAACUAAAGUUACAACUGUUCAUACACUUCACAUUAAUGCCAUAAACUUUCAUAGUAGUUUUCUCCAUUGCCUUCUUGUAACCUGUCCUAUGUAGUACAAAACAAAUGACUGACAUAUUUGGAUGUUUAUAUCAUUUAUAUUGUUUCUUGUUUUCCAAUGGAAGAAAAUGACAUUCCUUCAUGCCAUCGUUCUGUCCAUGUAAUAAAUUUAAAAUAUCAAAGGAUUAUCAUACUUUAAUAUCAUGAAAGAUAUUUUUGUAUUAAAGAAAUUCUAUAAAUAAUAAAAUAACAACUGAUUGAUUAUUGUAAUGUGGUUACAAAAAUUUAAUACGAAUUUUCUUUAAGUUUCCAAAGUUAGAAACACUAACUUUUUGAUUAUGUCAUUUUAUAGUGACCUAGUUUGAUAACAUUAGAUGUCAUUUUUUCGCGCACGUGAAAAUACCAAAACGUUUUAGUCUUCCAGGUAUAACCUAGAAUUAUAUAAUUUGAUAUUUCGUUUGUUUUACGUGAUUCAAGUUGUUGAUGAAACAGGUAUUCAAGUUAUCUGUAAGAUGUUCCAGAAAUUAACGUUUUUAUUGCUUCAAAAACAAUUAUUUUAAAGUACCGUCUUCCAAACUGGUCAUUCUAUAUUUGUAUUUAGGCAGUAAAAAUGGUCUUAGCAAAUUGUUAUAUUUAUAUUAGUAAUAAUAACCCGAAACAAAAUAAUCUGACGUAUUGUUAGACUAAAUUAUUAUUGUAAUAAUAAUUAUAUUAGUAAUAAUAACCCGAAACAAAAUAAUCUGACGUAUUGUUAGACUAAAUUAUUAUUGUAUUCAAACGUUUUGGAGCAGAAGAAAUUAACCGACAUCUCGGUAUAUUAGUUUAUAACUUAGAAUUAAAUUUACCAUUCUUCGUUUUUGUGUAUUUUCAUAGAGCAAAGCAACAUCAGGCUAUCUGCUGUGUCUACCGAGGGGAAUCGAUCCCCUGACUUUAGCGUUGUAAAUCCGAAGACUUACCGCUGUCCCAACGGGGGACAUCGUUUCUGUGUUAAAGUAACAUUAUCACUCAUAUCAUUAUUUAAAAUGUUUAAUUAAACGUCAUUAUGAAUUGUAUUAUACUUUCCUAUUGACGAAUAAGUUAUUGUUUUGAAAUUAUCAAUUAAACCAGCUAAACUAAUAUAAAUUACUCAGUUAUUUUCAACAUUUUUUUAUAAAAUUCAUAUUGCGUAACCAACUAAUAUUAAUGACGUAUUUUUAUUGAAGCUUGCGACAUUUUGCGAAUAAAAACUUUCAAUAAUUUCUGAGGCAUAACAUUUUUUAAAAAUAUACUCUUAGAGUAAAUUAUAAAUAUAAAUAUGUAUUUGUGUUAAAAAGUAAUAAAGGUUUUAAUCUAAUCUACGCAAUUCUCGCUCUACAACUUUUACUGGUUGGAAAAUAUAUGUAAUGUUUUUAAACUUUGAAAUAAAUCGUUCAUCCUGACUUCUGCUUUUAUCAAAGAAACGAAAUCAGUGUUAGGCUCUAAUAAUCGGCGUGUUUUUAACUUUCUUCUACACUCUAUGAAUCUUUCAGUGUUACUGAUAUUCAACCUACUAUUGUAAAAGCUGAAAAUCCUGUAUUAACUAUCAGUCCAUAGUGUUUAACAUUAAUGAGGUUGUUUCAUAGAGGUCAAAUUAGAAACUGUGAGCUGUAAUAUUUAAGAUUAAUGAAGUGGGGUCAUAGAAUUCAAAUUAGUAACUGCGCGAGAACUGUAGUGUUUAGGACUAACGAGAUGGGUUUUAGAGUUUAGAAUUAAUGAGGUGGGAUAGUACUCGUAGAGUUGAAAUUAGUAACCGUGGGCUAUUAGGAUUGAUAAAAUGGAGUUGUCGAACUCAAAUUAUUAAUUGAGGGCUGUAGUGUUAACUGGAAAUUGUGAACCUGUAAAUAAGUGAAUUGCGAACUCGACCUGGUGAACAGGAAACAAUUUAGCUCGCAGUGUUAGUAUAGCAAGAAGAUUUCGGUUAAAGUAAAGGAGGACUUGUGUUUGUGAUAAUGGGAGUUAGGCUAAGUGAAGUACAAGCAUGAGGUUUCUUGUUCAAAAGAUUUUAUUAAUAACUAUUAUUUAAUCACAAGGCGUAAAGCAAACAAAACAGUCCUUCGUAAAAACAUAAAUAAUGUAUGUUUUUAUAGGAGUAACUGCUUACCUGAACCAUGCUUUAUGAUGUAGUUUUUUAAAUAUCUGUAUAAUUGAACCUUUCCUCUCUUCAGGCGCAAACUGGAAAUCUCAGUUUGGUCCACCUUUCGAAAGCGCCCGGGUUAUAGGAUUUUUAUCAUCUUGUAUCAAGACUUCUUGAACUUACUUUUUUUCUGACAUCAUGAAUAUAUAUAAUUGAACGUCAUUGCUGUUAUGAAGCACUUCAGUAUUUUUUUACUAACUAUGAGGUAAGAUCGUAUAGCAACAAAAAAUGAAUUAUGCUUUUGUUAGUAAUCUAUUAUUAAAUCCUUUUUUCAUUUUGUAGAUGUCUCUGGCAACUGUUAGAUGAUUUAGUAAUAAGAACUUGUUAGUAAAGAAAUACUCGAUUAAUUAUUUGUUGUGUUUUUUUUAUGAAAUAUUCUCAUUUUUGUAUUAGUAUUGCAGUUGCAAAAUUCAGACAAAAUAAAAAUUCUGAGAAAAGUAAGUAGCAUUAUAUUAAGUAACAAAUCACUAAUCCAAAUCGUUACAAAAACAAACGUUAAGUGAUGUGGAUAUAAAAAGUAAAUGGUAUUUUUUUUCACAUAAAACAACUUGUGGUCAACAAAACAAUAUAAGGUAUAUGCGUAUUUCAUGUCAUUUUAUUUCAGUAUAACAUUUAAAGUUAUAUUUCUAAGCAAUAUUAUUUAUAUAAUAUUUUUACUAAACGAGAACCUUUAUCAUUAAAACAGACUCUGUUCGAAACUAUCUUUAAGUUAGUCACUUUAUAAUCAUGUUGUGUAAAAGGUAAACAUUUUAUACAAUUACUUUGUGAAAUAUUGGUAUUUCACGAUAUGUUUGAAAGCUACGUUUAUUAAACAAUACUUGCAUUCGAUGUUGUUGACUUGCUAGUUUGUGUUUUGUAUUAGAUAGGAUGGAAAUACAGUUUUUGGUGUUAAUUGUUUACGUUCGUAAUUUUCUCCUCAAAACCAAAUAGUUCCCGUUUGUUUUUCCUUUUGGAAUUCCUAAUUUCUUUACUGUGAAGCCCACCGUUUGUAUGUUAUUUAUAAAUGGAUAGUUCGACUUUUCUGUAGUCCUAGGUGCGUCUUUGUUUUGAGUGAGCAUAUCUUACCAUUUGUUUUCAAACAAGAUUAGCUUGAUUUAAAGAGUUCAACACACAUACAUGAUAAACGUCAGCACUGUGUAUACAAGGUUUGAUAAUGUGCCAUAUCCAAACCAUGAGGUUAAGGAAAGUGAAAAACAAACAAACUUCAUUUGAUUUGGAGUAUGUUGAUGUAAUUUUUAUGCUGAAAUAGUUCUCUGAAGUUUAGAAGUAUUGUUUGUUUAAGAAUUACGAAUAAAAUAUU